UGCCUUGAAUCUUUCCCGACAUAGACUAACUCGCCUGCGCGAUAGGUAUAUGAAUAUCAUUCUCCGCAACCAAAGCAAAGCUUAAUACGGCUACUGGACACGAAUGUAUAGAGAACGAUGCACACUCGCCUUAAUAUCUUAACAUGGCAUGUUGAUUGUCGGUUCGCGGUGUUUCUUGGUUUUCUGUUCUUGCUCUGGCGUUUGCAUUGUAGGUUUCAUGACUAUUUUGUACUUGCUUUUAGUUGGUUUGUUUGUUAGGCCCUGCUCAGCUUGGACAUGGCGGAGAUGUAACUCAGGCCUUUUGGAUGCUGCCUAGCCACAAUCCCUUCAUAACAGAGCCAGCACUAGCAAAUUCACAGAUGAUUCGCGGGUGGGUCUGAGGCUGUUGCGAUGACCUGGGACUAGUUCAGGGUUCAGGGGCGUGCAGUGGAAAUGAUAUAAGCAUCCUGUUUUAUUCAGAACGUGAUCUGAUAGGUAGUCAUGAGUCUAGAAAGAAUGCAAUGUCUGGCUCGUAGGCUUGACCUCGAACUACCUAGUUGAGUGUGUUUAUGCAAGGCUGAGAAAAAAACAUUGAUUUGAUCUGCAAGGUCCGGGCAAAAUGAAUCCCAAUGACGACCAGCUGAACUGACAAAGAGCACCGAACAGUG